AUGCGGAAGCACCAAGUUGAUGCCAAACGUUUCCCCUGCAAGUACUGCAAGAAGUAUCGUGGGAAGAAUGGAUUCAAGCGUAGAGAUCAUCUCGCCCAGCAUGUUCGAAACUACCAUCACAUUGAGGACGAUGGAGGAUCACAGGGGUGGCAGCUUAUCUGCGAAAAGGAGGGAUGCUCAAAAUCAAAGCCGGCUUCAGCAAACAGUCCUGAAACAGAACUAUUCAAAUUCUCGGGAAAACGCAACAAGCACAUACGCACUGUCCAUGACCACUCUUACUACCAAUGUCCGCAACCGGGCUGCAACCGCGUCAACGGCAAGGGUUACUUCGUCGCAUCAGCUCUCAAGGCUCAUCUACGUAAAGUUCACGGAAUCACUUUUUCUCCGGCCAUUAAGUAUCAUGCGCUCUAG